AACAAAAAGUCUUCCAUUUUGUUUCCAAUAUGCUGCUAAUUUUAGCUGAAAUUGCAAAACUGAUCUUUAACAAUACAUUUGAAUCUCAGCCAAUAUUUCGCUUUAUUUAGCCUCCGUGUUUGCUGAAAAGAUUUACUGGAAGUCGAUGCACUGCAAGGAAGGUGAAAUACUUGAGAACAUCAUGCGGGUGCUCGCCAAAGACAUGAAGCAAAAGAGAAGUCAAGGUUCUUCCAAGGUAUUUGAUGCAGUUAAUACUACGUAUUCUAACUUUAAGAGCAACUUUGUGAAGAGGCUGUCAGCGGAGGUGCCCGUUGCCAGUAGCCCGAUUACCACCAGAUGGCAGCAAAGCCCAACCAGGGAUCCGGCAGGUGAUUCCUUUGAGGGAGAGCAUUCAACCACUUACCUCCCAGAAGCUUCUACAUCUGUACUGAAGAUAACGCCUGAAAAAGACACCUUGAUUCUAGGAUCGUACAAAGAACUACUGAAGACCCCCAUCAAAGGGAAUUUUGAAACAAAUAACUCUGCUCUCCAUUUUUGCAAGGCACCUCAUGCACCGGACAGAGGCCGGAAUGAAAACGUUGCCUCAAAAGGCCAGAAAUGCCUACAUGAGCUAUUUUUGACCCAGAAGGUGUCUCAGUGGGUUAGUGGAAAAAUGCAGCUCUGUGAACAAUGCCAGUGUGUUUGGAAAGGCUGCAGAGAUGAAGUCAGAGAUGAAUCCUUCCAUCUUAAAAGAUUCAAUGGUAUAAACUAUUCCAUACUCCAACCAGCGGUGAAAUUUCAUCUAACUGGUCUUCGAAAUGACUAUUAUCUAAAUAUUCUAGAUUGGAAUUUUCAAAAUCUUGUUGCUAUGGCCCUUGGAUCCUCUGUGUACAUCUGGAAUGGGGAAAACCACAAUAAGAUUGAAAAUAUAGAUUUAACUCUUAAUUGUAACUAUGUUUCUUCUGUGUCCUGGAUAAAAGAGGGAACCUGUCUGGCAGUUGGCACCAGCGAGGGAGAAGUACAACUAUGGGAUGUGGUAACAAAAAAGCUGAUGAGAAAUAUGCUUGGCCAUUUGUCAGUGGUUGGGGCUCUGAGCUGGAAUCACUAUAUUCUUAGCAGCGGGUCGCGGCUGGGCCGUGUCUAUCAUCACGACGUUCGGGCAGCCCAGCAUCACGUCGGAACGCUUCACCACCAACAAGCCGUGUGUGCUCUGAAGUGGUCGCCUGAUGGCAGGCUGCUUUCCAGUGGCUGUAGUGACGGACUGCUGACUAUAUGGCCCCGUGACCCGGGUGCAAAAGCACAGGUUCAACCACUGAAAGUCGUUCGCCAACCUACAGCAGUCAAGGCUGUGGAUUGGUGUCCCUGGCAGUCUGCAGUCCUUGCUGUUGGAGGUGGAAUGAAGGAUGGAUGCCUACGUAUCUUGGACAUAAAUACUGGACAAACCAUCCAGACCCCAAGCACGACCUCACAGAUUUGUUCCCUAAUCUGGCUACCUAAGACAAAGGAGAUUGCAAGUGGCCAAGGUACUCCUAAGAAUGAUGUGACUGUGUGGGCCUAUCCAGGUCUGGCCAGGUCAGGUGGAUUUUUCGGUCACAGGGGCAGAGUGCUGCACCUGGCUUUGAGUCCAGACCAGACCCGAGUGUUUUCUGCUGCAGCUGAUGGCACAGCCUGUGUAUGGAACUGCUGUGAGUCACUCAGCCCCUCUGGGAGCUCCAGUUUCCUCACUUCGCAGUGAGAAUGAUGACAUUGGCCUUGGCUUCUCCAUUGGGUUGUGGUGAGGAUCACACAUGAUAAAGUGCUUUUCCUACAAUGAAUGUCUAUUUUCCUGACUUUCUUUCUCAGGUUGCUUUAUUUUCUCUGCUUCCUCCUAUUGCAUUUCCCAGACAUUGUCUUUGCCUCUUCUCUCUCCACUUCUUCUUUCUCCUUUUUCAUCUUUUUUCUCCAUCUCUUCCUUGUUAGAAAUGCAUUUCCACUGCUAUAGUCAGAAUAUCUAUAGUAGAGAUUUCCAAACUUCUUUUUCCCACUUGACUUUUUCUCCAAGCUCCAGCCUCACUCUUUUUCUUGCCUCUGGAUAUUUCCUUUCUGAGAUCAUUUCUUAUCUUUAGCUCAAACUCAAUACAUUAAAAAUAUAACAUAUUUUCUUGAAAAAUAUUGAUUAAAAUCCUACUAUAUGGUAAGCAGUAUGUUAAGCAUGCAUAUUAUUUCCUCUCAAAAUGAGAUAUUCCAUAGGACCUCCUUGUCCCCUUCCAUGGUUUCAUCCUUAUCCUGGUCAACCUAUUACUCAGGAAGCCUCCUGAUUAUUCUGCUCCAUGUUUACUCCAUUUACCUUUUGUUUUCUCUCUCUCUCUCUCUCUCUCACUCUCUCUCAUUUCAGCCUAGUCAUGUCCUGAAUACCUGAUGACCACUCUGUUGUAAUUUCUUCUAAAUGGUUUUCCUAUCUUUGUCCUUCAUGGGUCUCCACACCACUGUUAGGUUACGUCUCUAAAAGCACAGUGGUGAUAUUCUCAGGCGCCCGCUCAGAAACUUUCAAUGACUCCAUAUUGCCUAAGCUCUUCACCUCAACCUUUGGGUCCCGAGCCCAGAACCUAAAGUUACGAUACUUGUGCUUACCUUGGGUGUGCCAUAAACUGACUGAAUGGCCUUGGUGUGUUACAGCAUUUGUAAGAACAGGAGUUUGGAUUCGAUAACUGCUAAGCUUUUUUUUAGGCUCAAUCAGGCCAUUGUUCUUUCUUAAAUUACCUUUUUAAAAAUGCUUAUUUAUUUGAUAGGGCAUGAGCAGGAG